AUGAACACUCAAGACGAAAUUCAAGACUUGAUCAACGACCAGGAGCAAAUUGAUCUUCUCAACAAGAAUAUUCAACUCAACCUGCUCGCUGAACUGAAGGACUAUCAAUGGAUGGAUGAUUGGAUGCCGGCUGCUGUUCCUGAAAUGCCUACCCCUGAGGACAAGACUCUUCAAUCCGAGAUGCGUGAAUGCGCAUUUGGUUUCCCUGUCGCUCUUCAUCUCACAACUAGAAACACAAGCAAGAGGGUUUGGUUCACCGUCUACGAUGAUGCUUUUGAGCUCACUCAAAGAGUCUUGUCGUUUGCCAGCACAACCACUCCUCAAUUCUCUCAAUUCGUCACACACUCUUACCUUUACUGGAUCAGAAACGGAAGAGCCAGCCUCUGGAACCCUGAGAUGUUCUUGCAAAGAAUCAGCCAGUCCACGUUCUUCAUCUGGUCAAGCACUCCCAACUACGACAUGACUGAUGAAAAUACUUGGACACCCGCCGCCAAAGGAUAUACUGACCUCUACUUGCAGGAGAUUCUUGCACCCAACGACAUCGUUUGCUUUAGCCCCUACCCCGAGUUUUCUAUUCUUCCACACCUUGCUGAGUCGUUUGCCCAGAUGAACAGAAAUUACCUGACCCCUGGCUAUCUUGGAACCGAAACUUUCAUGAGAGAGUUCCGUAAAGGCAGAUUCUUGACUUUGGGCUUACCUGCUGUUUCUUUCGCACAAGUUGUGACUGAGCAGAUAAUCCCAUCACUCAUGCGCGCUGUUGAACUGUCCGUUCCCGAUGAAAUGGUUAUCUGGGCCCAAAACCUUGAUCUUAUGGUUAUUGGUGAGUUGAGUCAAAAUCGUCAACCCCCUGCCGAUGCUCUGGCUUCCUCUUUUGCGCUUCGUAGAUUGGGCACUACCGUUAUCAAUAAUCAGCAGUACAAUCUCGGUGUUACUCACGGUUUGAUCCCUCCUUCUAUUACUUCUCACCAAACUCCUCGCCCGCCUCAACUCUCUUCUCAUCCUCCUUGGGUUUUUGAUACUGCUUAUGAUGGGCUACUUGCUGACAUUCGCAGAAUCCAGACUCUCGCCGCUGCAAAGGGUACGGAUGCUAGGGCCGCCCUAUACUAUAUGUUAAAUGCUCGCUCUUUGUGA